UCAGCGCUUACGUUGCUUUGUUGUCGUACGUGCGCUGACAGCGGAACUGGUCAACGAGAGGAGAGUCUGUCUGCCAUAAACCAACACAACAAGAUGGAGGUGGAUCAGCUCCUGUCUCUGUCCGGCCCGGCGCUGGCCCAGGCUGUCAGCUCUCUGCUGGAGACCCCCGGCCUCUACGUCUUCUCUGACAUCCUGGAGCUGCCUAAUGUCAGAGAGAUGGAGAAUGGCCCUCAUGCACCGAUGUACCAGCUCCUCAAUCUGUUUGCUUAUGGAACCUACUGCGACUACAAAGAGAGAGCAGCCUCUCUCCCUGAGUUGACCCCCGCUCAGAGAAACAAACUCCGCCACCUGUCCAUCAUCAGCCUGGCGUCCAACCUCAAGUGCCUGCCGUACUCGCUGCUCCUGCAGCAGCUGGAGCUGAAGAACGUGCGCGAGCUGGAGGACCUGCUGAUCGACGCCGUGUACUGCGACAUCAUCCAGGGCAAACUGGACCAGAGGAACCAGCAGGUGGAGGUGGACUGCAGCGUGGGACGUGACCUCGGUCCCAACGAGCUCCCAAACAUCGUCAACACGCUGCAGGAGUGGUGCACGGGCUGCGAGGCGGUGCUGUGUGGAAUUGAGGAGCAGGUCUCGAGGGCAAACCAAUACAGAGAGAGCCAGUUAAAGGUCAAAGUCCAAGUGGAAACAGAGGUCUCAAACCUACAGAAAACGUUAAAGGCCAGCGCCGCCUCUCCGUCGUCAGGCCCCGCCCCCGCCGGAGCCGCCUCGAAUCAGGACGCAGAUCAGCCUGCAGAGCCACGAGACCCCGCCUCCUCUCAGGAACCACGACAACCCGGCAAAAAAAGUUCCAAAGUGAAGGGAAAUGGAAAAUCCCCAGGGACGAAUUGAAAUGCAAAAGUAUUACCAGAUACACAGACCUGCGUGGCAGUGGGAAGAUCUGGUCCAAGUCCAACUGAAGACUGAGCCGUGGAGAUGGAGGCACUGAUGGACACUCACUGAUUCAGGGACACAUGUUGACGGACAAACAGAUGAUCAAAGACACCUUUCACACUCUUCACAAUAAAACCAGAAAGCUUCAUGGGAACUUUUUUUCCUCUUGUCACCGUGACGGAUUUAGAAACACACACCGGCUGAUGGAAGAUGACGGGUGUGACAUCCACUCUGGCUGUUUCUAAUAGCCUAAUUGGCUAGUGCAAACACACACACACACACACACACACACCGCACACACUUGCUGCAGGAAUCAGUUGCCUUUGACCAGAACCUGGAUCAGUGUGUGAGCGUAUUGAUUUAAAAAUGUUUAGAUUCUAUGUUGCGUGUUUUUUUUUCUUUUCUUCUCUCUGUAUAAAAUCAGAAUAUAAAUUGUUUGGGAAAUAAAGCAAAGCCGUGUACUUAC